AUGCGUCUAAAAUCCGCUGCCAAUGGAAUUGAUGAUAGAAACCAUUCGACUGUUCCCUCUAGGGUAUGGACCUCGUCCAGAGCUGAGACCUACCGAUUCUGUCAGAAACUUAGCGCAUGGCGCAGCGGCUCGACCCCUGUAACCGAUGUGCCUUUUAUCUUGCUGCCUGGUCCUUUUUCGCUAACUGCACCAGGGCUUGUCUGCAUUUCUUACUUUGAAGAUCAGCAUUUAACUUUAUUCAAGAUGAACCGCUUUCCGAAGGCUUCCAAUCAGCUGGGCAUUCACUGCGCAUUUAUGUUGGGUUCUACCACUGAAUCAAUAUUCGAGAAUAAAUUUGAGCACGCAAUCGCGAGUGCCAUUGUCCAGCAUCCUCUUUUCACCGUGGGCCGAAUUAAUGAGGCAUCAAAGAAGCAAUACUGGGUCCGAUUGGACCAUAUAGACUUCAACAACCACAUCACAUGGCAGACAGUCUCCGAGGAAGAAGAUCACAGAAAAGCCCUCGAUGCUGCUCUAAACUGGCAGGCCAAUGAACGAUAUACCGAGCUAGAGACGAGGCCGCAGUGGAGAGCAACAAUCUUGAAAUCUGCAAAAGGCAAUUUUGUCGAUGUCGUCUUUGCUUGGGAUCACACAGUUGGAGAUGGGAAAAGCGGAGGAUUUUUCCAUGACAGUCUCCUCGCAUGCCUCAACCAAAAACCAGAUAAUGAUACCAUCACUUUAGAUGACAGAUAUUUCAAGGUGCCAGUCACUGAGUUUACGCCCCCGCUACACCACCUGCUCAAGCUGCCAGUUUCGCCGAGCUUUAUCGUUUCUACCUUCAGCCAAGAUUUAUUCUCGCAGUCUAAAUCCGAUAAGCUACCUCACACAGCCAACUGGGCCCCGAUCAAAAUGGAACCUUUCGAGUCUCGCCUCAGAUCAAUCACUCUUCCAAACGAUGUCUUGAAGCCAGUGCUAGACGCUUGUCGCAGGCAGGAAACCACAUUGACUGCGCUUUUGCAUAGCCUCAUCUCUGUAUCAAUGGCAACUCGACUUGCAGAAGAUGAGGCUCGGGCGUUUGAAUGCGGGACACCUAUUUGCUUGAGACAGUUCCAGAAACCAGGAAUGUCAAAAGUGGACUUGAAAAAGACAGCUAUUAAUAGUGUAGUGUAUUGGCCCUACAAGUUUGAGCCAGGUGUCGUCGCGACAAUCAGACAGCAGGUUAGUGAUGCCCAAGCAAGCCAGGAGCUGAACAAAGAGAUUGAAGACACUGUGUGGUCUGUGGCCAAGUCGAUAAGAAAAGGAUUGUCCGCCAAGUUGAAACUGGGCGCCAAAAAUGAUACACUGGGGCUUGCAAAGUUUAUCACUGACUGGAAGUCGUAUCUCUUGGACCAUGCGAAAACACGUACACAUUCCUGGGAGGUUAGUAAUCUGGGGGUCAUGCAAGGAGACAUGGCGGGCAAUACGGGCACAGAAGACUAUUGGAGGAUCGAGGACGCUACCUUUACCCAGAGUGCUUCUGUGUGCGGACCGGCUUUGACCUUUAGUGUUAUUUCGGUCAAAGGUGAAGGUAUCACCAUUUCAUGUAGCUGGCAGACUGGAGUAAUUGAUGAUGGGUUGGCUGAAGGCGUCUCCAAGGAUAUCGGAAUGUGGCUGAAUGGAUUGGGUCGGAACGGCUGCAUCAAUUUCACUGAGUGA